AUUCAACCAUUUUCGUAAUUUCAUUGUAAGUGAUCAUUUAUCCAUAUUUCUUGUAUAUCGAGCCAGUGGUAGAUGAAUUAUGUGAGUUGUUACCAAAUUCAUUUUUUCCCCCUUCAAUGGAGAAAUAUGAAUUCUUCUACAAAAGAUUUUUUUUUGUUUUAUAACGAAGGGUGCUUUCCGCAUUUGACAAAACAAUAAUAAUAUUAUUCACUUAUUUAGGAUAAUUGAGUUAUUGAAAUAUAAAAAAAAGGAAAAGUUAGGGUGUUUCCAUUUUUUAUUUUUCUAACAAAAAUAUUUCUCAAUUCCUUAUAGAAAUAAUUACGUUUCCAACAAAGAGACAAAAAAUAUAGCAAAUCUAAAAGAGAAUUUUAGAGACGAGAAAUCCACGUGCGAAGUUCGUCUAAUGUUUGGAUUCUUUUGAACGGUUUAAAGGCAUGUCAGUUAAUGCUUCUAAAUCCUAAUCCCACUACGUCUCUCUUUUCUUUGAUUCCUUUAUGUAUGUAUUCCUUCUCCUCCCCUUUGCCAUACGACCCUUCCCACGGCUCGCCGGGCGGCGGAGGAGGAGAAAAGGUGUCUACCUGGACACUUCUCCGGUCCCUCGAGUGCAUGUCGCUCUCCGUUGACAUGUUGGACGGAGAGAAGGUUGCCCUCGUCCCCAACUCCUUGAAGCCGCCAGGGGCCGGAGACGACGCGGCUGGUGGUGGUAGUGGUCUGCCGGCGACGCAGAUCACAUCGAAUAGUAGAGUGAAUGAGUUGCUGGAGUGCCCCGUUUGCACCAACACGAUGUACCCUCCGAUCCAUCAGUGCCGCAAUGGACAUACUCUUUGUUCAUCCUGCAAGCCAAGGGUUCAGGACCAAUGCCCUACUUGUAGACAAGAGCUUGGAGACAUUAGGUGUUUAGCUUUAGAGAAGGUAGCCGAAUUUUUUGAGCUUCCUUGCAAGUACCUUUCGUUGGGGUGUCCAGAAAUCUUCCCGUACUACAACAAGCUUAAACACGAAGCACAGUGCAACUUCAGACCAUACAACUGCCCGUAUGCUGGUUGGGAGUGCUCUGUGGAGGGGAAUAUUCCUUUCCUUGUUGCACAUUUAAGGGAUGAUCACAAGGUGGACACGCAUACUGGGUGCACAGUCAACCAUAGAUAUGUGAAGCCGAAUCCGCGAGAGGUGGAAAAUGCUACCUGGAUGUUAACAAUAUUCCACUGUUUCGAGCAGCACUUUUGUAUGCACUUCGAGGCAUUUCAGCUUGGGAUGGCUCCGGUUUACAUAGCAUUUCUCCAAUUCAUGGGCGACGAAAAUGAAGCACAUAACUAUAGAUACAGACUCGAGGUUGGUUUGAAUGGCAGGAAGCUCACAUGGGAAGGUAUACCCCGUAGCAUCCGUGACAGCCACCAAGAAGUUCGGGAUAGCCAUGAUGGCCUGAUAAUCCCGGGGAACAUGGCAAUCUUCUUCUCCGGGAAUAAGAAGGAUCUAAAGCUGCGAGUGACGGGCCGCAUAUGGAAGGAAGAGCAGCAUUCUGAUACUGGACUGUCUUCAGUAACUCUCUGACUGUUUCACUGAGACUUGUUGCUCUUGGGUCUGUGAUUAGAUCAACUCUUGCUGUUGGUUACUGCUUGUGUGAUAUUACUGAUCAACAAGCAUUUCCAUCAGCUCUUUUUUUUUUUUUGCCUUCUUUAUAGUGUUUAUUACAUCACAUACUUAAUGUAGCAUAUAUAUUAUCCAAUUAAAAUAGAUUUAUGUCAUGGUUUGAUA